AUGGACUACGGACUCGAGAAUCACCGCUCCUUCAUCGGCUCUAAAGCCUGCGAUCUGCCUACGCCUUCUCUCGUACUCAGUCUUCCCGUAAUCCAGAGAAAUGUGGAUAGGUUACACCAGGAUGUUGAUAAGGCAGGAGUCGCUUUCCGGCCCCACGUGAAGACGCUGAAGGCGAAAGUAACGCGGUUGAUGCUUGGAAAUGGCAAAUUCAACAAGACCGUAGCAUCAACUCUGUCAGAGAUUCGCGGUCUUCUGCCGCUGGCAAAAGAAGGUGUUCUCGAAGAGGUGCUCUAUGGACUUCCGUUGCGGCCGAGCGCGAUCCCGUUUUUGUCCGAGUUUCGCAAAUCGGUCAAGAUUCUUGUCAUGAUCGACCACGAGAAACAACUUUCGUUUUUGGAAGACUUCGCCAACAAGAACCCCGAGGCAUCUUCCGCACCCUGGGACGUUUUCAUCAAACUGGAUGUCGGUAGCAAGAGAGCUGGUGUCCCUCUCAGCAGCGAUCGUCUUCAGAAGCUCGUUCAGAGAGUAAACGAAUCGUCAACAGUGUCUCUCUACGGCUUCUACUGCCACGCUGGACACUCCUACGGAUGCCGCACGCAAGAGGAGGCGGAGAAGGUUCUUGCCGAUGAGAUCAACAGCGUUCUCACCGCGGCGAAGUUGAUCGUCGGCGAGCAGAAGUUGACCCUGUCAGUGGGCGCUACGCCGACCGCCCAUGUUGUCGGCACUCUGAAGACAGCCAUUCCCUCAAAUGUUACUCUGGAGUUGCACGCUGGCAACUUCCCCACGAACGACCUCCAGCAAGUGAGCACAGGACUAGUUGAAAUCGAGGACCAGUCUGUCAGGGUAGUUACCGAAGUGUGCAGUGUGUACCCUGAGCGCAACGAGGCUCUUGUCAAUGCAGGCACAGUGGCUCUUUCUAAAGAGGCCGGCCAAUUCCCUGGUUUUGGCAAAGUGGUGGGCAAGCCUGGCUGGGCUGUUGUCCGCAUGUCCCAAGAGCACGGAAUCAUUGGCGAGGUUCAAGAGUAUGGUUCCAAGAAUGCCGAGCCAGAGCGAAGAGACAUUGAAGCCAACUUCGAAGUUGGCGACAAGGUCUUCCUCUACGUUCAGCAUUCAUGCAUCACCGCCGCAGCGUUCUACGUCUAUUACGUCGUUGACGAGAACGAUGUGGUACAGGAUACAUGGGUGCCGUGGAAGGGCUGGUGA